AUGUUAUCCAUUUUACUAAAUCAUAUUACAUGCGAAACAGAUCCGCAGCAAAUUCUUAGGAACAUAGAUUCUUUCGUUCAGCAAACUCCAAAAGAUAUUGAUUUUCGAAAUGCAAAGGUUUGGGUUCAUGGAGUCAAUAUUCCAUUUUACGAUGCUUCAAACGAAAAUUGGACUGUAGAAGCAGAUUCUAGGUUUUAUUGGUAUCCAGGAUCAGGAUUUUACGACGUUAAUAAGCAUUAUCCAAGGAAUCAAUACGGCUAUAACGCGGAUGACAAUAUGUGCUGGGCUGGAUCAGCAUCCAAUGCACUUUUAUGGUUUUUAAAUACAAAUGAUGACGAAGUUCAAUAUUAUUUGAAGAAACAUCCAUAUAUUGCACAAACCCUUCCUUCAUACAAAUUCAAUCAAGUUGGAUAUGAUCCAAUUUUCAACUAUUUCCAUGGUUCGAUGGUUCCUUAA